GUCUUUAUGUAUUUUUUAUUGAUAUUUAAUAUGUCCCAGAUUCUUUAAGUGCAUGGUGAGGAAGGGAGUGUUUUAAAAGUGGGUAGGAUGUCAGGUAAGCAUGCAGAGCGAGUAGAAGUUUGCCAGGGAAGGAGGCAGAAGGACAGUGUUUGGUGGGCAGAACAUCUUUCAAGAUUACAUUUGGUAGAAAGGACAGCAAUGCAAACACUAAGAUGUGCCGGUGAACUUUGCAGGAUCUAUGAGUUUCAUUUUGUUGGUGCAAAAAGGAUGCUGUAGGAAUGGUUGGGAACGAGGUGACUACCUAGCUCAGGCACGCUUCUGAAAGCCUUUCUAGUACUAUAGGAAGGAGGAGGUCUGCUGUAGACCUUAAGAAAUUUGUCAGAAUGCUUUUAGCUGCAAAUAAUAAUAGGAGACCUAAGUAACAGUGGCUACAGCAACAGGAACCAGGGUUGUUUAGAAGGUUCAGUGAUGUCAUCAGGAUCCCAGAUGCUGUCCCUCCUUCAGCAGUGAGGCUGCUGGCGUGUGAUGUCGCCUUUCCUGGUCUGCUGAUUGGCAGCAGCUCCAAGCGUCAUCUUCUCACAUGACAGUAUCCGCAGGCGAGGAGGGCUGCUUCUCUCUGCAUGUUUUCUGUUAAUGAGGAAGAAAAUAGAGAGGCUGCCGGUAGGCUUCCCCUAGCAUCUCACUGGCUGUGUUACAUCACAUGCUCAUUCCUAAACGCCACUGGGGAAGGAGAUGUAUUUACUGUGAUGACCGCAGAAUAAUCAUUUCUCUUUUUGCAGCUGAGAAUGUACCUUCUUCGCAUACUGGGGCAGAAAAUACCCAAGAAAAGUUGCAGUUGUCCAGCAAGGACAACGAAGAAGACAUGGUUGCCGAGCUGGGAGCCAGCAAUGGCAGCUGCACGGAGUCACUGAAGAGUGUUGAGAAGAAGACUUUAAGGGUUAAGUUUCCAUUGAGGAUUGAAGAUCUCUCUGUAAGCAGUGUUUCAUCCAUAUAUUGUAUUGAUGAUUCAUGGCAUUCAGCAGAUGAUGACGCAGAUCUUGCUCCGAAGAAAGUCUGGCAUCCAAGGUCCACAAAGCCGAUUCAGGCCUGGCAAGAUCCCACGAUAAACACAGAGGCAAAAGAUGGUGUUUUGAAACCAGGAACUAGCGCCUCCUUUGAGGACAAUAAUUCUGAUCAUAAAAAUGAAGAUGUGGUUACAACCUUUCCCGAACCAUCAACCGAAGUUCCAGGCUUUUCUCAUCCUGCCUUCCCAGCACCGGAACCUCUCCCAUCUUCAGCAGUCUUUGGUGUUACAGAGGAAGAAGCAGCAAAGCCAAAAACUGGGGGAAAAGAGAACGGCACUCGGACUAUUAACAGUGUCCUAAAGGAGCAAGCAGAUCAUAACAAAUUGGUUUCUAUUGAUGGAGCACAUAAAAAUGACAAAGGUGGCAAAACCUCAGCAUUAGGAUUAGAAGAAAAGGAAGCUGUAGAACCAUCCUGGGACUCUGAGGUAGAUCUGCAACGAACAUUUCAGGAGAAGAAAAAGCAUGGGGAAUAGUAAUAAAUACAUGGUGUUAAAAUGCCAGCAGUUUGGUUUAGUGAUGUUUUACUGAGAACAGCCCAGUUUGGGCAGGGAAAGUAGCGUGCACUGAGUACUUUUAUGGCGACCGAAAUGAAGGAAGCUAAGUGCAGGGUAGUGGUGACCUAUUCCAAGGUGAUAGCUGUGGAAAGAGGUCAGAAGAGCCCAAGCCCUUGGAUCUCGGUAGCUCCUGCCUAGUGGCACAGCACUGUACUUGAAGUCAGCAGACGUGGUAGCAUCCUGGUUCUGACCCACUGUGGGAUCUUGGGAAAACUUGUCUGACUUGUUUGAAUGUCAGUGACCUCGUUCAAAAAUAUGAUAUUGACACCUAAACUUCAGGUUAUGUGUCAUGAACAAAAAUGUGGUAACAAAUGUGAAAACACAUUGUCAGCUGUAAAGGAUGCUAUAGAAAUGUAAGACAGAAUGAUGACAGUAGCCACUAGUGACCUACUAAAAUCUUGAGGACGCUUUUUUAAAAUCUGAAGGAUGAUAAGAUGGGAAAGUUAGAGCGGGCACGGGAUUUCUCAUUUGGGGUAUGUUGAGUGUCGGUGGGCUGUUAUCAGACAUUUCCGAUAGGUAUAUAGUGCUUUGGUACUUGGUGACCUCUGGGUAUUUUAGAUGUUUUGACCUUAAAUAACUUCCUGUUCCUGAACACCAGCUAUGCAUCGGGCCGUUAGACACUGAAUGUAGCAGUUGAGGGGUUAGGCUGUAGUGGCAGGAAAAGAAGAACAAGUAAACAGGAACCGUAUUUCAGGGACAGUAACUCCUUCUAUGAGGAACGUGGAGAGAGUUAGGUUAGACAACCGUGGGGGAGUUUGUAGUUAGGACUGGGGUGGAGUAAGGGUGGAAUUUAGGUAGUCAGACAAGAGCUGAGUGUGACCAAAGCUGCCAGGUGACGGACAGGAAGGAGCCAGCACACGAAGGUCCAGGGGAGGGAUGUUCCAGACAGAGAGAUCAGCGGGUCCCGUCUGCUCAUCACGGUGCUCCAGCAUCUUGGAGUGGCCAGGAAGCAGCAAGUGGGUAAGCGUCCUUAGCAUCACCUUUAUCAUUGGUGUGUGUAGAAAAGACAACGUGCAUGAUAAGGGCCUGGCAUGUGCAGAUGGUCAAUAAACAGUGUUCUUAUUCUUCCCAUAUUAAAGUAAAGCUUAUGGUACUUUUUGAAGAGCUGCAUAACUACAUUUAAAAUUUUUCUGCUGUUAAUUUAAGCAUAAA